UCACAGGGGGCGUCUUCUCUUAGUCUCGUGCAGUCGUGCGUCAGAAGAAGACGAAGCGCGAGCUCCAAUGACCUACUUAGCGUUAGCAUCUUUUAUUAGCAACGUCAAAAUAUCAGCACGAUCUGAAGUUAUCUGUUAAUCUGUCUGUUUAUGAAUAUUUAAGGAUCAGUCGCACAGUUUCAUCCCAUAAAGUGCCUCUCGCUGAAGAACAUCCUUAAAUAGAUGUUUUGUUUUUAGCUGUUUUGAUUAGCUAGCAGCUAGCUGCUAACUGCGGAGCGACUGCGUAUAAAAUGAGUUGUCAGAUGACAACGGUUUAAGCUGUCAAUAAUAGGCUCGUUUUUAAACUUUAUUUUAGGUAUUGCACUUUUUACCACAAAGAUAUAUCUGAUUAUUUGGUCUAAUUGUUGCUGAUCCUUGGAUGUUUGGUCUGAAGGUGACCCUGCCUCCUCAUGUCUGCUGAGGCUUCAGCUGGUGGUCAUACUGCUGUCUCUGCUCCGUGUGUGUGCUUGAGCACAGAUGACUGCACAAACAGGGGUCUGCUGGGGAGUAAAUAUGUAAAGUUAAAUGUUGGAGGCUCUUUGCAUUACACCACAGUCCAGACUUUGAGCAAGGAGGACAGUCUGCUGAGGAGCAUCUGUAAUGGAGAAACUGAUGCUACAAUAGACGCUGAAGGUUGGGUGGUUUUGGACAGAUGUGGUCGACAUUUCAGCAUCGUAUUGAACUUUCUCAGAGAUGGGUCCGUUCCACUUCCAGAUGACCACAGAGAACUGGAGGAGAUCCUAAAGGAUGCCCAGUACUACAGAGUUCAGGGGCUGAUACAGCAUUGCCUCAAUACCAUGCAGAAACAAAAAGAUGUGUUGGAAACUGUGUGCCGCAUCCCAAUGAUCACAUCUGUUAAGGAAGAACAGAGGAUGAUCGCCACCUGUAGGAAGCCAGUUGUCAAGCUUCAGAACAACAGAGGAAAUAAUAAAUACUCAUACACCAGUAAUUCUGACGACAACCUGCUGAAGAACAUAGAACUUUUUGACAAACUAGUGUUACGAUUCAAUGGCCGUGUGCUCUUCGUGAAAGAUGUGCUCGGGGAUGAGAUUUGCUGUUGGUCUUUUUAUGGCGAAGGGCGCAAAAUCGCUGAAGUAUGCUGCACUUCCAUUGUCUAUGCCACAGAGAAGAAGCAAACCAAGGUUGAGUUCCCAGAGGCUCGAAUCUUUGAAGAAACCCUAAACAUCCUGAUCUAUGAGAAUAGCCGGAGUUCGGGCGGGGUACAUCUUUUGGAUUCGAGAGGGCCGUCGCUGGGAGCUGGACACUCGGAGGAGGAGGGGGCUUCUGGGGGAGAUAGGAGGGUCCGGCGCAUUCACGUAAGAAGGCACAUCAUGCAUGAUGAGAGGGCACACGGUCAGCAAACGGUGUACAAGGACUAGUGGAAAAACGCCAGACUGAAUGUACCAAUGAUGACUGCUUGGUGAAUGAGAGAGAGGCUGCUAAUCAGAGCAAUAGCGUAGUUUUUUUGAAUUUCAUCGGUGAUUUUAACUCUGUGAAAUGGGAGGAAGGUUUUGGUUGUACUUAAAAAUGCAUGUUUACAGGAAUCAAGGCCUGUCAUGGUAACUCAGUUUGAAAUGCGAUAUAAAUAUUACAUUACAUUAAAUGAUCAUUUUGAAGACAAUUUAUGCUACUGGUACAACAACCAUUAAAGGUGCACUAUGUAACUUGUCCCUGUGGAGAUGGAUAAGUUUAAUGCCAUACUGUGGGAAAAUCCAGGCUAGAGAGACAAGCAGUUGGUGGACUCCAAGUUAUAAUCUCAGUAAAUCGCACCAAAAACCUUUUCAGAACUUUAAUUUUAUUUGGAGACGAUGCACAAAAAUAUAUAUGUAAUAAAUAAGCAAUAAAUAAAUGGUACGGCUGGUGUCUAUAAUGAGACCCACAUCAAAUUUUAUGGUAUUACAUAAAAUAAAAUCCUUACUAAAUGAUGGUACUCACAAUAAAUAUAAAAAAGUAAUAUGGUUCAUCUCAUUUACUGAACUAUUAAUAAAAUAAUUACUGUGGCCGGCCGAUGAUACAAGUACAGUACUCAAAUAGGAAAGUAUAAUCGUAAUAUCUUUUGUAACAUAAACUGUCUCAAAUAUAGUUUUUCAAAGGACACUGAGGAGGUUUGGUCCACUGACAUUUCAACCCGUUUUAUAAUGUGUUCAUAACAUAGAAUUGAAGCCUUCUAAUUUGCUUUCAUUUUAAACACUGGAAAUGUGGUUGUUGUUUAACAGCUUUUCAGGAUGUUUAUACUUAAUUAAUUUAUAUCUCUAAUUUAUUGUUUGAUAUUUAACUUUUGUACAAUAUGCAAAAUGUGUGUUAACAUGUGAAAAAUGCACUUAAUUUUGUUAUUGUAAAUGUUUAAUUUUUAUUUUCCUGUUGUUGUUUUUCCUGGUUUUAUCCUGAGCCAUAACUUUUUCAACAAUGUCUUCUUACACAGAUCUUAUCCGAGGUUAUUACUCAAAUUAGAUUGACUGUGAUAUUAAAAUAAACUUAUUUUAUUUCAUAAUUUUCAAGAUCUUAAUUGAUUACAUAUAACAGUUUUGGAGCAAUAUGUUUGGCAUCAUUUUCAGAAAGUCACCUUAAAACAUUGCACUAAUUGAACUUCCGUCCAAUUUGUGGUUGUCAAAAGUUGAUUAAUAAAUGAUUUGAC